GGACAGGGGACUUCGUGCGCCAUAGUGCGGCCGUUUUUAGUCUGAAGCUGGUCAAUGCUGGUAGGAGAGGGCUCGUCUGAAGUCCUCACAGAAAUUCCUGACGAGGUGUGCUGACACAGACCACGCGCACAGCGAGGUGAAAGCAGCCGACUGAGGAGGAGUCAUGUGGAGAUGCUGUGUCUGACUCCAAGCUCGGCCCUGAGUAGACGCAGCAUUGCAAAUUUGACAUGAGAUUUUCAAGUCUACCCGCUCCUCUGAAAGAGAGCUCUAAACAAGCAUGCCUAUCUGCUUAGAAGCUGAUCCUUCGCCCAAGUGGUGCAUCUGCACGGGCAUUACGGUGGUCAGUAAAGUAAAAGUUGCUGAAGGUCUUGUGCUAUGAAAGCAAUGGCCAGCAGCGAUCGCCUGGUAAAUGCAGGCAGGUGGAAGGGGUUUGCAGGACUACGCCGCCGUGAAGAUUCCGCUGGCAGAUGCGCCAAAGAUUCUGCAAAGAUCUGGACAUGUUGCCAACCGCAACGGAAACAUUUUCAGAAUUUUGCUCGCUCGCAAACAGACGCAAGUUGCAGUCCUCGGCGAUCCUUGGAACAGAAUGUUGUGGGGAGUGUUGUUUGCUCAAAGCUUACAACACCUUGCGCCAGAGCAAGACCUGAAGCCAGAACCAGGCACAGAGACUGGAGGAGGGCCACAGAAUCGAGCAGUGGUAGUGUGGUGGUCGGCGAGGGUGCCACCAAUCCUCCGGUCAAGCGAAAAAGUACCCGCAACACGGCGAAGUCAGACGGCGACGAUGGUGGCGAAAAAGAAGAGCAGGGCAAUGUUGAAAAGGACAACAUGGAGGAAGUCGCGGGGGCGGGGCCAGGCAGCGCAGAUCCAGGGGACGUGCCAAAAGGGGUCACAGUCGCAUCCAUGAUGCAGAUGAUCAAAGAUGCAGAGAAAAACAUCCUGCUGCUCAACCGAGUGCGAAUGCGCGCGCUCGAGGACCUCGAGCAAGCUAAAUACCGCUCCGAGCUUUCCGCAAACGAGGCUCAACUCCUCCAAUCGCGCCUUAAGGAGACAGACGCCAAGCUCCACCUCCUGACGCAGACGCAGAACAAGAACCAGUUGCUACAGGAACAAGUCGAAGCACUGACAGCGAAGCUGGGGGAGAAGGACCAGGAGGUAGCAAGUUUGAAAAAACUAGAAGCGGACCUAGAAACAGCACGGGGGGAGGCCAAACGGGUUCAUGCUGAGAAAGAUGCUAUUGAGGGGCGGCUGGAGGAACUAGAGCGAGAUCUCACAGAGUCCAGGCAGAGGGUAGAAGAGCUGGAGAAAGUGGAGCAGGCAAAGAGAGAACUAGAGGCGAGAGUUGGGGAGCUGUCCGAGAAGCUGAGGGAGGAGGAGGGGCGGGCCGAGGCUCGGGCGCAACUAGAGCGAGAGAACGAACUUCUCCGGGAGGGGAUGGAUGAGUUGAAACUCGAGUUGGACAAUGCGAAGAAAGACGUGGAAGGGGUAAAAGAAGAGGUGGCAAGUUUGCAUUCGGUGGCUGGUGAAGUUUCGGAGAAGGAGAGGCAGCUUGCGGAGGAACGAGAGCGGACGGGGGCGCUGCAGGCGCAGGUGGCGAAGCUCGAGGGCCUGCUGACGUCAUCGGCCAAAGUGCGCGAGCGGAACAGGAUGGAGGAGAAGAUGGCAGUGCAGAAGGAGCUAGAAGCGGUCCAGGCACGGUUGCAGGCCUCGGAGGAGAGUGUGAAUAGGCUGGAGGCCGAGAGGGGUGAGCUGGAACGACAGCGGACAGAGACUGAAGAGAGGGUGCGAGCGCUCGAAGUCGAGGCGGGCAAAGUGCCGGAGUUGGAGGAGAGGCUGACCCGGGCGGAAAGUGCAAUGGCGGAUGCGUCGCAAGGUUUGAGAGAAGUACAAACGGAGGCGGAUUCACUGCGGAGGGAGCGGAAAGACCUGCAAAGUAAGCUGUCGGAAGCGGAGUCGAAAGUGCAGGACCUGCGCACCAGCGUUAACGGAAAAGCGGGGCUGGAGGAACGAGUCCAAGAUCUCGAGGCCCUGUUGAAAACCGCAGAAGAGGCAGUCGUGGAGGCGAAAAAGGAGGAGACUGCUCGGAACAAGGCCCUGGACGAGGCUGCGGCGCUGGCCAAGCAGGUGCGGCUGCUGGAGGCCAGUGUGAAGGAGCUUGAAGCGGAGCGGGAGAUCUGGGCCGAGGCGGAGCAAGAGAAAGCGCUGUUGCAACAGCAGGUGGCGCUGCUGAAGGAGCAGUUGGUCCAGUCGGACGCGGACAUGCAGGCGCAGGUCGAAAUGUAUAAGUCCGAAGUAGAGGCGUUCCAGGAGGAUAUGGAGCGCCUGCGCGUCGAGGGGCUACGGGGCUCGGAGCCGAAGGCGGUGCCGGUGGGCGAGAUGCCGUGGGAGUUCUGGAGUGAUCUGCUGUUGCGCCUCGACGCGCUUAUGCUGGACCGCCACUUGACACUCGACCAGGCCGUGGAGCUGCGGCUUAUGGCGUGGCACCGCGAUCCACGGAUACGGGACGUCUACAGUGGCCUCGAGCAGGCGGAUGACGUCAGCGCUGCCGCCGGGCUGCUGAAGUUGAUCGAGGGGAAGAUGCGGCCGGGGAUGCAUAUCGUGCACAUUGCCGCGGAGAUGGCGCCGGUGGCCAAGGUUGGCGGAUUGGCGGAUGUCGUCACGGGGCUGGGGCGCGCGCUUCAAAAGAAGGGUCACCUGGUGGAGUUUGUGCUGCCCAAGUACGACUGCAUGGACUACAGCAGGGUACAAGACCUCAAGGUGAUACAAAUGGAUCUGGAGUCCUAUUUUGACGGCCAGAUGCACAGGAACAGGCUUUGGAGGGGCAUCGUCGAAGGGCUGCCCGUGUACUUCAUCGAGCCGCACCACCCGGGCCGCUUCUUUUGGCGCAACGCGUUCUACGGCGAGGCGGACGACUUCAAGCGCUUCACCUACUUCUGCCGCGCGGCGCUGGAGUUCAUCCACAAGGCCGGGAAGAAGCCUGACGUCAUCCACUGCCACGACUGGCAGACCGCGCUCGUGGCCCCCCUGUUUUGGGACGUAUACGCCCCCCGGGGCAUGGACACCACCCAGGUCGCCUUCACGUGUCACAAUUUCGAGUACCAGGGAACCGACGCCCCCGCCGCUUUGUCGUCCGCCGGACUCGACUGGCGGGAAUAUUACCGGCCGGACCGGAUGCAGGACAACUUCAUGCUGGACCGGAUUAACCUGCUCAAGGGGGGCAUCGUAUUCUCGAACGUGGUCACGACGGUCUCGCCGACGUACUCGCGGGAGGUGCUCGGGCCGGAGGGCGGCCGGGGCCUCCACCCGACCCUCCUCCAGCACCGCGCCAAGUUCUCGGGCGUGCUCAACGGCAUUGACAACGACGCCUGGGACCCGGCUACCGACCCCCUGCUCGAGUUUCAAUAUAGUGCAGAGAACGUGGACAGCAAAUAUGCAAACAAGUACGCACUGCGCCAGAAGCUGGGGCUGAGCACGGAAGGCGACGACGAGGGGCGGCCGCUGGUUGGCUGCGUGACCCGGCUAGUGCCCCAGAAAGGGGUGCACCUCAUCCGGCACGCCAUCUACCGAACGCUCGAGAUGGGCGGCCAGUUCAUCCUCCUGGGGAACAGCCCCGUGCCCAGUAUACAGCGCGACUUCGAGGGUAUCGCGCGGCACUUCGACCGCAGCCCGCACGUGCGGCUGGUGCUCAAGUACGACGAGGCGCUGUCGCACAUGAUCUACUCCGCCUCCGACAUGUUCGUCAUUCCCUCCAUGUUCGAGCCCUGCGGCUUAACACAGCUCAUUGCUAUGCGGUACGGGGCCAUCCCUAUUGCCCGGAAAACUGGCGGCCUGAACGACAGCGUGUUUGACGUCGACGAUGGGACUGUGGCGGAGCACAAGAAGAACGGCUUCUGCUUCACCGCCACCGAUGAGGCGGGUCUCAACUAUGCGUUGGACCGUGCCUUCGACUACUACUGGGAGCAGCCCGAAUUCUGGCAAAAGCUCGUGCAGAAGGCGAUGCGGAUGGACUGGGGUUGGGACGGGCCCUCAGAGGAGUACCUCGCGCUAUAUCGCAAGGCUGUAAUAGCAGGACAGAAAUGACGACUAGGCUCCUUUGCUUCGUUAGCUUGCUAGCCCGUCUUUUACGAUCAGCAAUUGUUUGCGGCAUGAGGUUUGAUCGCAUAUCUUCGUUUCGACUAGGUAUCGUUGAGAACAGGCUGAAGGUAUUAUGCUUAAGCCCCCAUUAUUUUAGCGGCGAAGUUUUCGAGUCCGUAUCCAGGUAUAGUGACUAGGUUUCGGUAGAGUAUAGUCCGGUCUGCUCAAGAAAAGUUCUGAUGUACGACUCAAGCACGUCUGCUUCGGU